CACCACCGCGGGGGGAUGCUGCCCCUCCGCCCCGCGCUGCUGCCCAAGCGCUACCGCGGCGGCUCGGCUCCGCGAUCGCGGCCGGGCCGCGCGGCCGCCCGAGCGGCGGCGGCGGCAGGAGGAGGAGGAGGGCGCGGCGGCAGCGGCGGCGGCAGCGGCGGCGGGGCCCCGGCGCUGGGCCCGCGCGGCGGCGGCCUCGGCCUUGGCGUUGGCUCGGGCCGCGGGCCGGUCCGGCGGCGCGGGCCGGGGUCGCCGCGGGCUGCCCGGAGGGGGGCGGAGCAGGAGCUGCGCGAGCCGCCGCGCUCGUGCGCGAGCUGGCCGGUAGGGGCCGUUGCCACCCCCCGCAGGGGGAGGGGGGGCGGAGCCGGGCGCGGCGCGAGGCCGGGUCGCGCGGCGGCGGCGCUUCUCCUCGCCCAGCCGGCGGCGGCGGCCCCCGCGGCGGUCAUGGCGGCCGUCCUGUCCCCGCGCCUCUGCGACAGCGACCCGGCCACGCCCGGCGCCCAGUCCUUGAAGGAUGACACAGAAGAAAAUUCCAAUGAUGGCAGCCAGCCAUCCAAAAGACGACGUAUGGGCUCAGGGGACAGUUCGCGGAGCUGUGAAACUUCUAGUCAGGACCUUGGAUACAGCUAUUUUCCUGCUGAAAACUUGAUAGAAUACAAGUGGCCACCAGAUGAAACAGGAGAAUACUAUAUGCUUCAGGAGCAAGUCAGCGAAUAUUUGGGUGUGACUUCCUUUAAAAGAAAAUAUCCAGAUUUAGAAAGAAGAGAUCUAUCUCACAAGGAGAAACUCUACCUCAGAGAACUGAAUGUUAUCACAGAGACUCAAUGCACACUAGGUCUAACAGCUUUGCGUAGCGAUGAAGUAAUUGAUCUUAUGAUUAAAGAAUACCCUGCCAAACACGCUGAGUAUUCUGUUAUACUGCAAGAGAAAGAACGACAGCGAAUAACAGAUCAUUACAAAGAGUACUCUCAAAUGCAGCAGCAGAACACACAGAAAGUAGAAGCCAGUAAAGUUCCAGAAUAUAUUAAAAAAGCUGCCAAGAAAGCUGCAGAAUUCAACAGCAAUUUAAACCGAGAGCGGAUGGAAGAAAGAAGAGCCUAUUUUGAUUUACAGACACAUAUUAUCCAGGUGCCUCAAGGGAAAUACAAAAUCUUACCUACUGAGAGAACAAAGGUUAGUCCUUAUCCAGUGGCUCUCAUACCCGGCCAGUUCCAGGAGUACUACAAAAGAUACUCUCCAGAUGAACUGCGUUAUUUGCCAUUAAACACGGCUCUUUACGAACCUCCUUUGGAUCCAGAGCUGCCUGCGUUAGACAGUGAUGGAGAUUCAGAUGAUGCAGAGGAGGGGCGAGGUGAUGAAAAACGGAAACCCAAAGGCAAUUCGGACAAUUCGUCUGGCAAUGUAUCUGAAGGUGAUUGCGCCACAGACAACCAGGAGGAUUCUUUUCAGGGAAGACAAAAAACAAGAGACAAAAGUGCUACUCCAAGAAAAGAUGGUUCCAAACGUUCUGUAUUAUCCAAGUCAGUUCCUGGGUACAAGGUAGAAGAAAAAAGCCCCUGACUGAACUUCUUUACUGACCAGCCUCUCCCUGAAACAUUUGGUUUUUUCAAUAAUAUGGAACUUCUGCUUGCUGUACUUCACUAGUUGCUCUCCUGUUGUGUGCUCCACCUGUUUGCUUCCUCGCUUCCUUUUUGCUUUUAUUUCGUGUGGGGCUUUCCUUUACCCUAGCUACACAGUGGCCUCUGUUUCUGUGAACUUCUCGGAUUCCCAGGCAGUGACAUCAGAAAGGUCCAUUGUGGAUUUGUCAUUGGAACUCUACAUCUUUCUGUCUGCCUUAACAUAGCAGUCAGAAUUACUCGCCAGUUCAAAACGAGCAUUCGGCAUCCUUUUUUUUAUUUCCCCCUACUAUUUAGUAUGGCAGCAUACCAAGAGAUCAGUGCUGUAAAGUACAGCUACGUGGCUGAACAUAUUGUUACAGCGUUCAUUUUAAAUACGGUCUUUCAUCCUGAGGUGUUACGAUGUAUAGGAUGGAAGGCAAGAAGCUUACUACAGUUGUACAGGCAACACUAUGUAACCACUUAAACAGUAUAUGGAAAAUGGCUUUUUAUGUAGUUCAUACUAUGUAGAAAUGUUUGUGGGCAAUAUGCUUUUAUCCAAGCUAAAACCUUGGUGAGGAUGUUAAGACAUUUCAACUGGCAAGGAGUGAUUGCCAAACCUAAGAUCAGAAUCAUCAGUAUUACUGUAUAAUAAUUUCAAAAAUUAAGGUUAAAAAUAAGAUCAAGGUUAAAAAACACUUUUCAGAAGAAAUGGGAAUUGACAUGCAUUAUUUAUGUGUUGUUGUUCUGCGCACUAAGAGAGGAUCUGAAUAUAAUGUAACACUUUUAAAGCACAUCGUUGCCUAGUCCUGUUCCACUGAAAGGCAUGAGAACUUUCCAUGGACUUACGUGGGAGCAGGAAUAGACCCGUAAAGAGGGAAAACACUACGCUAAGAUAGGGUUUUUUUAGCAAUCAGGAGUGCUGGUUAAGAGAGGUUGUGGAAAAAGGAACGUUUUUGUCAGUGACAAGAUCUUAUGUAUUGAGAAACUGUCUCAGCAAGAGCGAGCUGUUGAUGGCUUGCGCUUUAUAGUCGUAAAGAUUUACUAUCUGUAUUUACCAAGUUAACAGGAAAUAAACUAUAACUUAGGUUAAGAAGCUAAUUUCCAGUAAGAAUUGGACAGCUUUGAUAAAUUUUCUCUACAUACAGUAUCUGUACAAGUUCAUACCAGAUAGCAAGCUCCGGCUGCGUUCUCUCUUUUUAGGAACUUCCUAAGAAAUAUGCAAACUAUGGAGAAUCAGACUGUGGUACCAUAUGUAAAUUUUUUUUUUAUAUUUAACUUUGCAAAUUGUUGUAGACACAGAAUACGCACCAGUAUUCCCACGAACGUGAAAUCCAAAGAUGGAGCUUGACUUGGGUUUUUUUAGCUUUAGCUUGACAUUAGAGAUUGCGUGCCUCUGGUUUACAGAAGUUGCGCUUAGCUGUGAGAUGCCAGUGUUUCAUUAGUCCAAUCUAUGUAACAGCCUUACGAAUGCAGAAAGAGAGGACCGAUGGAGCAGAACUUGUUGCAAAAAGUUCUGAACUUCUAAUCGUAGAAGAAUAAAGGUAGUCUGCAGCGUUGCGUUUUGAAAAUGGAUCCCCGUAGCGAUUCCUUACUGGUUCACAAUCACCGACUGUGUUAGGAACAAGGUGUUGCUGUAAACUCACGGCGCUGCAGUGUCAGCCUCCCCCGCCUGCGUCGGCCGUCAGGCUGUUGAUAAGUCAAAAGCGGUGUCAUGUUGGGCGGGUGAGAGAGGAUCAGCUUUCUUGUUUGUGGGAACAUUUAAACGCUUUGAGUAAACCCAAUUACAUGAGCUGUUUUAACUGGUGAGACAGACAGAUUCUUGCUUGUUGGUCUAUAAAAACACCAGAUAAUGCUAUACCGUAUGUGCCUAAAUGUUAAGGCACUUUGAGCUGAAGGCUUAACUCAUUUCAAAUGUCCCUGUGAAUUCUAAAGCUUUGUAAUACUUUUGUUCUGUAUUGCUCUCUAAUAUCUGACUAUUUUUGUAGGACAGUAAUCUUUUGGUUACAUGUAGUUAAAAUUGAAGGAUAACUGCUAUGGCAUCAACGUGCAAAUGUAUAGUUAUAGCCACGUGAUGAGUGUUACAGGAGUCACACAUUUCCACUGAGUUAUUUUUGAGUAAAAGAAAUAAUGUAUUUUAUAAGGAGCCAUUUUUAUUGUUAGUUCUUUAACAAAGAACAGUUAUCGCGUGUUUUACAUUUUGUCACGUUACGAGCAGCGAGUCUCUGUUGCUGCAGGACUGGCUACUGCAAUUGCACACACAGGGUACUGUUAAAAGUACAGGAGAUUUUUUGCACAUAAAACAAAUGUAUCGAGAAACUCUAUCUCACAACGCUUCUGUUUCGCGUCACCGUACGUUUUGCAUUCAGAAUAGGACCUGAUAAAAAUGGUGUAGUCGGAACGCCCACUUCGGGAGCUGCAGCGCAGCAGCGUGGAAGCGAAAGCUUUAGAGAGCAGGCAGUCGUCAGCUGGACCCUGCGUUCAUUUCCUCUCCCUUCCUCACCCCAGUAAGAUGAGGACGUAGAAAGCAAAAUUCACUCUAAUCAGAUGGAAUAUUGUGACUUCCCAUUUGGAUUUGAUAGGCUUUUCAUUGCGUUUCUAAAAGCCACCUAUGGUGGUAGGACUUGAACUGAUUAGAAAUGUGAAUAGCCUUGUGUUAUUGGGGUUUGGUUUUUUUCAGUUUUGUAAAAAUACUCCCCUACUGUUGGAACUUCAUUAUUACCAGGCUGUGACCUCACACCCCCACCCCCCCGCAACAUGCACGAUUUCUAAUGAACACAAUUUAGUGAAGUAAGUGUAGAUGGAAGCAUUGUUAAUAAAUGCCUCUAUAUCAGUGUCUAACUCUAGAAUUAGGUGUAUCAGUGUGUGACUGCCCAUACCCUAACGCAGGGACAGCGACCGAAAAGCAGCUCGCUCCGGCGCGCGAGGGAAUAUCCUGCUGUACGUUAGAGGCAGUAAAACACAAAUCUGUAACAAAAUUAGACGUCUGAUUAGAAAAGUGCACUUGCUAUCCUAGAAAGGCUUGGUUUACGUAGAAAUAGAUAAAGCCACAAUAAAGGAAAAAUACAAUGUAGCCUAAACAACGGAAGGGUAAAUGCUGCGACCCUGAUGAGGCUUAAGCAUGUGCCACUUUUGUUGGGAGGAGCAGGGUGUAUAAAGGUAUACAUGUAGGACAUGCAGAGUAGUUAACAGUAAAAGUUUGUGGUUUUGCUUCCAUUAUAUUUAUUAUUUUGUAGAGUCGUUUGUGAAUGUUAGACUUCUUUUAUUGUUUUAUUAUAUUUAUGUAUAAAACAGGUUGACUCUGCUUUUUUUUUUAAAUAAAUAAGCAAAAAAAAGUCUGUA